ACUGGAAAUUCAUCUUAAAAACUUUCUCCUAGCGAUCUUGGGGAGAUAAGUGGCAUAGUCUCCUGGCUUGUUCCUGAAAGUCGUGUUUAUCAGAUGCUGCCCCAGCGCAGGGAGGCUGAUGACUGAGCUGAUAAGUGAAGCCUUGGAGUAGAGUGAUGUCUGCAGGGCCUGUGCUCACAGAUAACCUUGAAGCUGUUCAUGGGUCCAUCGAGCUGAGUCGUGACUUCUAAACAUCAGCCACGUUUCACAGGUGUCUCGUCUCCCUUGUUGCCAGCAGUUGGAGCACAAUGGAUCAUUCCAGGGCACUCGACGCUGAGGAUGAGUUGGGACCUUUAGCCCAUCUCGCUCCCAGCCCUCAAAGUGAAGCUGUCGCUCACGAACUCCAGGAGCUCUCCCUGCAGUCCAGUCAGCACUUGCCCCCGUUGAAUGAAAGGAAGAAUGGAAGUGUAGUCUUUUGGGAGUCAGGACUUCAGUCUCCUCUGCUGACUCAGUCUGUGAGCAUGGUGCUCCAGCUGAGGCUGCAACAGAGGAGGACCAGAGAGCAACUAGUGGACCAGGGCAUCAUGCCACCUUUGAAGAGCCCAGCGGCGUUCCAUGAGCAGAUAAAAAGCUUGGAAAGAGCCAGAACUGAAAACUUCUUGAAGCACAAGAUUCGGAGCCGGCCAGAUCGUUCUGAACUUGUCAGGAUGCACAUUUUGGAAGAGACAUUUGCAGAGCCAUCCCUGCAGGCUACCCAGAUGAAGUUGAAGAGGGCUCGGCUAGCUGAUGAUCUGAACGAAAAGAUUGCCCAAAGACCUGGUCCCAUGGAGCUGGUGGAGAAGAACAUCCUGCCUGUGGACUCCAGUGUUAAGGAAGCGAUUAUAGGCGCUGGGAAGGAGGACUACCCACAAACUCAGGGCGAUUUCUCAUUUGACGAAGACAGCAGUGACGCUCUGUCCCCAGACCAGCCUGCCAGCCAGGAGUCCCAGGGGUCAGCGGUGUCCCCCAGUGAGCCAAAAGUCAGUGACUCCGCAUCUCCCGUGACGACAAAUACUCCAACCCAGUUUACUUCCGUGUCCCCGUCAGUUCCUGAAUUCUUGAAAACUCCUGCUGUGGAUCAGGCCCCAACCAGGUCCCCCGCGCCCGUGCUCCCCGCCAGCACCGUGUCCUCCACCAAGCCCGGGCCAGCACUGGUCAAGCAAAGCCAUCCCAAGAACCCGAACGAUAAACACCGGAGCAAAAAGUGCAAAGACCCCAAGCCCCGGGUGAAGAAGCUCAAGUACCACCAGUACAUCCCGCCCGACCAGAAAGGCGAGAAGCACGAGCCGCAGAUGGACUCCAACUACGCCCGCCUGCUGCAGCAGCAGCAGCUCUUCCUGCAGCUGCAGAUCCUGAGCCAGCAGCAGCAGCACUACAACUACCAGACCAUCCUGCCCGCACCGCUCAAGCCACUCAGUGACAAGAACAACAACAGUGGGAAUUCAGCUCUGACCAAUACCAUACCCAACACACCAAGGCAGACAACACCUGCUCCCGGGAGAAAGCCAGGAACGCUGCCCUCGAGCCUGGAUGACUUAAAGGUAUCAGAACUGAAGACAGAACUGAAGCUGAGGGGCCUUCCAGUGUCAGGCAGCAAACCAGACCUCAUUGAGCGCCUGAAAUCCUACCAGGAAAUGAACAGCAGCAGUGCAGCCGGGGGCAUUGUGGCUGUGUCCACGUCCACCAUAGUUACCAGCACCCCGGAAGUCUCCGGGGCACUGCCGGUGACAACACUCCACAAUGUGGGGACUGCUGCGGGCUCCACCUUCAAAGCAGAGCUGCCCUCCAGGGGAGCUGGCAGCGCCACCCACGUGGACAGCAUCCACUCCCCACUGCCCAUCUCACCUUCCCCCUCAGAACAGUCCAGCCUCAGCACCGAGGACACGAGCAUGACCGACACGUUGACGGAGAUCAUGACCAUGAUGUCCCCAUCGCAGUUCUUGUGUUCGUCUCCCCUGCGGGUGGCCAGUAACGAAGACAGCCUGAGCCCCACCAGCAGCACCCUGUCCAGCUUGGAGCUGGACGCGGCCGAGAAGGACCGCAAGCUCCAGGAGAAGGAGAAGCAGAUCGAGGAGCUCAAGAGGAAACUGGAACAAGAGCAGAAGCUGGUGGAGGUUCUGAAAAUGCAGCUCGAAGUUGAAAAGCGAGGGCAGCAGCAGCAGCGGCCCCCCGAGCCCCCGUCCAGCGCCCCAGCGAACCCCGACACCAAGUCCGAGCAGAAGCACAGCACUUCCCCCGUCAAAGACGAGACCCCCCUCCCUGACUGCUCCAGCUCCAGGCAGCCCGCCCUGGCAGCUGGCCACCCUGGGGCCCAGCCCCUCCCUGUGGCCGCCCAAACCCUCGUUGCCAAGAAGGUGGUCAUCAAGCAGGAGGUGGCCCCGGCAGAGCAGCAGGGCGUCGUCCCCAAGUUCUAUGUCAGUCCCCAGGGGCAGCCGCCACCUGCCCUAGUGGCUCCACCUCAAGCGUUACUGACCACACCGACGGCGCAGCUGCUGCUGCCAGUGUCCAUCCAGGGCUCCAGCGUCACCUCUGUGCAGCUCCCUGUGGGCAGCCUCAAACUCCAGACUCCACCACAAGCUGGGAUCCAGCCGCAGCCGCAGCUGGCUACCACCACCUUGUCAACGGGCCUGUCACAGCCCGGACCGCAGAAGCAGGACACAUUCACACCGCACGUGCUCACUCAGCCCCCACAGGUCCGAAAGGUUUUCACAAACUCGGCACCCAGCCCCGUGCUUUCCUACCAGUGCCCUCCUGCUCCCACGGCCCAGCAGCCCUUUGUCAAUAAGACAUGCAGCGGCAUCCUCCCGCCCCGGAGUGCCGCACUUCCAACCCUGCAGAACGGGCCUCACAUGCCCAAGAAGCCCAGCUCACCCCCGCCGCCCCAGCAGUUCAUCGUCCAGCACUCUCUGUUUGGGAGCCCGGUCCCCAAGACCAAGGAUCCGCCCCGCUACGAGGAGGCCAUCAAGCAGACGCGCAGUGCCCAGUCUUCCCUUCCAGAGGUCCCCAACACGCACAGCCAGCAGAUGGACGACCUCUUCGAUAUCCUCAUUAAGAGUGGAGAGAUCUCCCUCCCUGUCAAGGAGGAGCCUUCUCCUAUCUCUAAGAUGAGACCAGUGACCGCCAGCAUCACCACCAUGCCGGUCAACACCGUGGUGUCCCGGCCACCCCCCCAAGUCCAGAUGGCACCCCCUGUCUCCUUAGAACACAUGAGCAGCUUGUCUGCCAGCUUAGAGAACCAACUCGAAGCUUUCUUGGACGGCACUCUCCCACCAGCCAGUGACACAGCCCCACUGCCCAGCGGCAGCGAGGACAGGGAGACCUUCUCCCUCAUUGAGGACCUCCACAGCGAGCUGCUGGCGCCCCCGGGAACGCUGGACCACUCUCACUCCCCCAUGGAAACGUCGGAGGCCCAGUUCGCCGCCAGCACCCCCUGCCUCUCCCUGGACCUCUCUGAUUCCAGCCUGGACAACAUGGAGUGGCUGGACAUCACCAUGCCCAACUCGGCGUCAGGACUCACCCCACUCAGCGCCGCCGCCCCUAGCAUGUUCUCUGCUGACUUUCUGGACCCCCAGGACCUGCCGCUGCCCUGGGACUAAGGUCGCAGUGUCUCGGGCCCAAGCUCCUGGAGGGUUUCAGAGACAGACCAGCAAGUGGCCAGAGUCGCAGCCCCGCAUGGAGCCCUUCCGUCGCCGGCAGCAGCGCGGUGCGGGCCUACUGCAGGCUCUGGGUCUAAGAAGACUC